GUUGCGUUUACCACAAGAAUCUACCACCCAAAUAUCAACAGCAACGGCAGCAUCUGUCUCGACAUCCUGCGAUCACAGUGGUCUCCCGCCCUAACAAUCUCCAAAGUUCUCCUGUCAAUCUGCUCUCUGCUGUGCGACCCAAACCCGGACGACCCCUUAGUACCGGAGAUCGCCCGCAUCUACAAGACGGACAGGGAAAAGUACAACAGAAUAGCUCGGGAAUGGACACAAAAGUAUGCAAUGUAGUGUUGGAGUAGAAUCAUGGCGAAACCACCUGUACAACUAAGGUUAGGGGAGCUUUGAAAGUAAAGAGAAGUUAAAACGGAUCUUGUUGGUUUCCAUUGGAGUGCUUUCUUUGAGCCACGCCUCCCCUUAACCAGAGCACCUCCCUCUUUCCUGCCCUUUCAUCCCUCCCUUUACGACCAAUUCUCCACCCCACUUAACCUGGCAGCCAUGGUGUACAUAUUCUCAAACUGCAAUCAUACCCCCUCCUUGCCCCUUGCGCUCCCCUCAUUCCUGGUCAUAUCUCUGAUGCAGGCUGGGCUACUCUGCCCCCUGAUGUUUCCAUAGGGCCCUGCCUGCGCCCUCACUCCAAAUGUUCUUGACUCUAAAAGCAUUCCUUAUCAUCUGUAUGACUAGGGGACUGUUCUUUCUUUUUUUUUUGGUGGGGAGGGGGGGGGUCUAAAAUGGAAGGAUUUUUACACUCUAUACCUUGUUUUGUCUCCUGAUAUCCCAGCUAUAUAGACAUGAUUUCAGGAAAGCGUUUCACAUGUUGAGUUGAGGGCACUCAUGUAUUUUGUAUAAAAUCUACAAAGGAAUUAUUUAAAAAUCAUAGCAGGCUAUAAAAUGGAAAAGGUGUAUGGCCUUCUGGUCUUCUCUUGAAUUAUAUGAAAGGACUUUAAUUGACCCACUGUCCCCCACCAUUGCCAUAAACCAAGAUUGUUUCUGCCCCCCCCCCCAAACCCCCUUUUGCGAAGACCACCACCUUCAUUACAUUCACAAACUGGAGGUUUUGGACCAGGUAUUUAAAGAAAGUUUUCUUAGUUUAUCCUGUGUUUUAUUAUUUCCCUAUAACGCUUAGGUUGUAUUUUUGCUAUUGUUGAAAUUGGAGGCUAACAACAUCUUCAGGCGGUGGGGCUGGCUUGGGCUCUGGGUGUGAGGACAAAAAUGCUCCUCACACAAACUCUGUAUAUUGAAUUACCUGAGAGGCUCUUUGAGCUUUGUGUGUUGAUUAAACUGUGUAAUAAAAACCAUGACUCAAGCGUCCACUUGAGUUUGAAACAUCACUGGCUGGAGAGAUGGAUGGAAGACAUGUUGUUCAACUACUGCUUUCGCCUCUGUUUUCCUCAGUGAAGUUCAAAAGGUGGAAAAAGCAGAUUUAAGGGUUCCUCUAAAAUGUAAAUAACCUAAAACCUUGGCUCUGGGGAAUUGCACUUAAAUGCUAUAAAACGUUACUCUACCACUGGCCUUACAAAUAUCUGCCUCUCAAUACAUCGAAUCACAUCUUUAAUAAUAGAUUGCACAUAGGUUGAAAAGGUGAUAAAUAAGUUUGAUCGUUUUUAUAAUUACCCAGUUUUUCAGAUCAAAUUCUACUUAUGUAGUAGCUUACUGUUUUUAUCCCAAAACAUCUCAUUUAUGUCCGAUUGACAACCGACAGUUAGUUACCUUGUAACCAUUUUUGAUGAUUGGAUUGAUUGGUCAUCGCACCAGUGACGUCGCUCAGUCUGGACUGGUCCAGUCUGUCAUAAAAGACCGUAUUCAGAUGUAUUCUGACUGACCUUGGUGCGCGGGAUCAGAACAUCUCACCGGCCAACGGACAGGAUGCAACCCCCCAGGUUUACCGUUACCUCAACUUCCAUCGUUGCAAAUGUCAAUCCCAGUAGUAUUUGAAAAUCAUGGAUUCCAGAUAUAUAAAGCUCCACAGGGUAUAAAGGUAUCAGAGAGGAUCAUGGGAAUAUAACAGCUGUCAGUGUGUUGUGAUUGGCUAACAGUAACUGUUGUCACUGUUCUUACCUUGGCAUUACCCCACCACCUCCCAACCCCCCACCCAGUAUGGCAGAUACACUGGACAUGUCUGGCCCUUCCUCUCCGGAACAGCAGAGAGCCAAUAGGAUCCUCAGUGAGCCUCUAAGACGAAGCCUGAAGCGCUCUCAUCCCUGCUCCCUCUCAGAGUAUCUCAACAACACCAACAGAUUAGCCCACCACCAUAGUAGCUCCAGUAGUACGGAUAUCAGGGGCUUCCUCCACCCCACUGCAGCCCAGCACAGGCCCAACCAGCCCAGGCAGCCCAAGCCUCACCGGGCCCCCUCCUCCAACAUAGACCUCUGGGACUCCCCCAGUGGGCUUCACUUGGCUCAUGCUGCAGAGCUGCUGAUGAGGGCUGGGGCCUUGACACUGACCCCCACACCCAAGGACCAGGGCCCUCUGGGUGGGCUGGGGGCCGGGGAGGCUGGGGGGGAUGGGGAGGAGGUGGAAGGUGGGUCCAGGGUUGAAGGGGACAGCAUGGGUUGUGUGACAGACUUCCUGCCACUGCUAGGCUGCUCCUGGUUCUCCUUGAACCCAGGCCUGUUUGCUCUGACAGCGGGAGGAGGGGGAUUCCUGACUGGUGGUGGAGGGUCAAUGGGAAUGGCUGGCAUUGGGGAGGGUGUGGAGAGGUUGCGAGGCGAGAGCUCGUCCCCUGGCGGCGGGGGGGGUGCUGGGAGAAGGAAGAGGAAGCGAUGCGGAGAGUGUGUGCCAUGUCGACGGAUGGGGAACUGUGAAGAAUGCAGUGCCUGCCGCAACCGCAAGACUGGACACCAGAUCUGCAAGUACAGGAAGUGUGAGCAGCUGAAGAAGAAGGCAGCCACUGGGUUAGAGAAGAUGGUGUUUCCGUCAGGAGCAGCGUUUCCAUGGCUACAAUAGGAUUCCACCUAUCUCUCCCUAAGAACUGCCAGUCAAAUGAAUUGACUCCGCCCAUUUGGAAUGUGAUCAUGGACAUUGUACGUCCAGAGAGCCAAAGUCAAUUCAGGUGGCCUUGUUGGAUUGGCUUGGAGAGUACAGUAUCUUCGACAAUCAAAAACAUGAAGAUGAAAACCCAAUGGAUUUACAUAUUGUUGAGUCUAAAAUGAACCACCUCAUUAACCACAGAGUAUUGUUUAUUAAUUGAAAAUGUAAUUCCUUUUUAUACUCCAUUUUGGAACAUUUUGUCAUGGAAGCUUCUGACCUGGACGUUUCCAUAUAAGCCAAACCAAGAAGGACAGACCUGUUCCUAAUAUGAUGUUUGUUUUUCUAUUCAUGUCACGGUUAAUAAAAUGAUGAGUAGUAGAUGUACUUAAGUCCUGAUUAGUGUGUAGUUCUUACACCUCUACGGUCUGCCUUCUGAAUAAAGACAAGGAAACUGCCUGUC